GAAUUUGUUGCUCAUUCAAGCAAAGUGACUUGCCUAAAAUUAAGCCAGAAAAAUCCUCACUUAUUAGCAACGGGUGGUCAGGACAUGAAGGUCAAUUUGUGGAGUUUAGAUAGCGCCAACUGCCAAAUGGUGAUGUCAGGUCAUGAAUCACCACUGCAGUCACUCAGUUUCCACAAAUCAGGAACAAAAUUGGGGGGUGGUUGCAAGAAGGGAGUUUUCAAAAUAUGGGACCUGCAGAACGCCAAACUGACACAUACUUUUUCAAACCACAAGUCAACGUUGAACUGCAUCGAGUUUCAUGAUUUCGGAGACUUUGUUGCUACAGGAUCUGCCGACCAACAGAUCAAGCUCUGGGAUCUAAAAAGAAAGGGUUCUAUUAUGACAUACAAAGGUCAUUCGUCUGCAGUUACGUGCAUCAGUUUCAGUCCUGACGGCAGGUGGAUGGCCUCAGGUGACGACGACGGCGUGGUCAAGAUUUGGAAUAUGGCCACGCACAAGCAGCUGUGUCAAUUUGACGACCACAAACAGUCAAUAAACUGCAUAAAGUUUCACCCGAUAGAACUUCUCAUGAUAACAUCAUCUGCUGAUUGUUCGAUGAAGAUUUGGGACAUGGACGAGAAGAAGUUGCUGGCGAGCAUUAAAAUUGAUGAUUCCGAAGGCCCAAUACGGUUGGCAAUGUUUGAUGCAGAUGGGAGUAAAUUGUUCAGUCUGACGACGAAACACUUGCGUAUACAUGGAUGGGAGCCAACUCAUUGUUUCGCAACUGUCGACAUCAACCACCAAAACACAAAUCACGCCAUCCUAUCCAACAAUCAAAUGGUAAAUUAUUCUCAAAUUUUCAGUUAUAAUUUGCUUUUAAAGAUUAUUGCUUUGUUGGUAGUUAGUCAGAAAAUUUUUAAAUAA